AUGUGUUCUACAGAUCCAACUGUGUACUUUGAUGAUUUGAUCAAAACUACUGAUGCUUUGGGAAAAGUGUGUCUGGCAGAGUGUGGUCCCGAGGCUGGGGGCCAGGCCGGGCGGGGCCGGGCCGCGGAGCUCAUCGGUAUUCACGCUCACAGUGGAGGAUAUUUGUUCUCCUCCGAGGACUGGACACGAUCGGUGUCUGCCUCAGCUCUGUGUCGGAGGGCAGACAGACGCCGGUGCUGGAGCAGCAGCAGCAGCAGCAGCAGCAGCAAGCAGCAGCAGCGGGAUUCGUGCUCACGUGUCCUACUGGACCACGGCCGUCGGCACCGCACCGCGUUCACGCGUGAGCAGCUGUCCCGCCUGGAGCAGGAGUACGGCAAGGAGAGCUACGUGUCGAGGCCGCGGCGGUGCGAGCUGGCGUCGGCCCUCAACCUACCGGAAACGACCAUCAAGGUCUGGUUCCAGAACCGUAGGAUGAAGGACAAACGUCAGAGACACUCCCUCCCUUGGCCUCACCCUCUGGUCGACCCCCUGGGGGCGCUCCUCAUGGGUCGAGCUUCUCCCUCCCCAGCUCUGCCUUACCCCUACAUCCCGCCUCACCUGCCUCACCUUCCUCUUCAUCACUACUCCCCGCUGGCCCUGACCCCACCGGCCUCCCCGGUCCACAGUCCCUACGGCGCCCCCCUCAGGUCACUGGACGCCCUACGCCUUUCCCAGUUCCACACCCGGCCGCGGGGGCUGCCCCCCACCACAGCUCCGCUCUACCCCCCCUCCACCAUUCUGCAUCACCCACCGUCAUGUCCCUGUCCCCUCUGUCUCCACUGGGGGGCGGAACACUUCCUCAAAACCCGAGGGGAGGGGCUGGGACUGACCCGGGUGACCCACAGCAGCAAGGUCAACGUGGAGUCAGCCGGCGUGGAGCGCCGAGAAGAGAUGGUGUGACGCUGGAAGUGAUCCAACCCAGGGGGCGGGGACCACGCCCAGGUCACAGACGUGGUCCAUCCUCUGGAUAAACUAAACUAAACUCACUUCGUCGAC